AUGAACAACUUUAACUGCACACUUGAUGUCUCCACCAUACCGCCUCUCGGUGAAUACACUCUUGAAUGUGAGGUGGCUGUGAAUGGAGAACCGAUUACCCUCAUUCCUCCCCAGCAUAUCAUUGUUCAAGGGAUGAACUUUGAGACAACGACUCGUAUCAAUUUCGAUCUAAGCCCGACAAUCAAACAAGAUCAAACAACUGGCACUUCACCAACUGUUUUCAACGGUGCACUGGCUCAGAUUCAAUUCAACAAUGAUCUCCUUGGUUUAACAAUCACAGCAAAUACUGGAGAUUAUUUCCCUAUUGGUUUGAUCAGUUGCUCGAAUGUGUUCGCGGAUCCGUCAAGGCUAGGAGUGAAUGCUACUUGUAUGGGAAUCGGGAACUCUCUUUUGGUGACAUUUGGAAUAGGAGCAACUCUAUUACCUGGACAAUCAUUAACCCUACGAACCUCCUUCUUCACAAGCCAACUCUUUGCCACAAUGCCAACUCUAACCGUUAUUGGUCCAACAACUCCGAUCUCUCCAUCCUUUAUCGUUGAUGCUCCAAGAACAGUGAGCACAUGUUUGCCGGUUUUUUCAAUAAAUCUUCGACAACUUUCCGGGCAUGGAAAACGAUCGUUAUCUUUUCAAUGGUCAUUUCCUUCUGAUAAUCCUUUUAUACAAUCAAAUUCCACGAUGAGAAACAUUUCGAUUCCAACAAUGGAGUUAAACGGUGAUAAUCUGAAAAUUGGUGUCACCGUUUGCAACUACAUCAAUCAAUGCACAAGCGUCAAUAAUAUCACAAUUUUCGUCGACAAGAACGCAAUUGGAGUAUUUGAUGUAGCAAUAUUGGGUGGCGGUAAAGUUUACCCGUCGAUGCGAAUCCUUCUCGAAGCUGUGCCCAGUUUCACCUUUUGUGGAUCAGCAACACCGAUCUCACCGCUUGAUACGCAUUAUAUCUGGUAUAAAAACGGAAUUGCGAUGAGCCAAGCGGGAAGCUUGAAAAUCUCUCCAUUCGAAUUCUCCGUUAAUGACACAAUCGAAUAUCGAGUACAAGGGAUCUAUUCAACAAAUGAGACAACCUAUGUCGAUAACGCGACACUCAUUUUGAAUUUCAUCGCUCAGCCACUCCUUGUUGUCUUAUCUUCAUAUCAAUUAACCGUUCCAUCAGAUCAACAAAUUGUAAUUGAUGCAAGUGGUUCAAAAGAUCCAAAUACUAUGAAUGGAUUGUUAAGCCACUCUUGGAGUUGUCUGAAUUUAACGUCAAAUUCAAGUUGUCAAAUCGAAAUCUCAAUCGAAUGGAAUUCCUCGAUUCUUUUAGUCCCUUCCGGAUAUUUGAAUGAUAAUAUGAGUUUCUCCUUUACUGACACGAUGAGCGGCUCUGGUUUAAGCGCUGAUGUCAGCUCGAUUGUAGCGAUGAUCGAGUCGAAAACACCAAGCAUUCGCUUUGUGCCAUUUACUCAAGGGAAACUCAAUGUACAUGACUAUGCUAGAAUUCAAUCGUUUGUCAAAAGCAGUUAUGGUUCAUUAAAUACGACUUGGGAGGUGAUGAAAAAUGAAAAAUACGGUUGGUUUGAUCUGGAGACGAUUUUACCCCAAAAUUGGAAAACAUUUGAUGAAGAGGCGACUCUUUUAGCGGCAGAAGUCCUCCUUUCACUCACCAUUCCACCAGCAAUAAAUGAUUGGCCAGGCCUUUUGCCUGGGACAACGUAUGCUGUGGUUUUGGUGGCGACGAACAGUGCGGGCACAGCUACGAGUCUUUUCGAGUUUCAAACAAACUCUCCACCAAUCCCCGGGAAUUUAGAUAUGAAUCCAGUGAGCUCAAUCACGGCGUUGAGCGAUUUGGUGACUCUUUCGAUGGGUGAUGGAUGGAUUGACCCAGACACGCCGAUGAUGUUCCGUUUUGGGAUCAGGGUUUUGAAUUUUGACAACACAACGACGGUCAAUUGGAAUCGACAAUCGAUGAAUUCAGCCUAUACAGUUUACCUAGCAACAGCCGGCUUUCCUCCAAACAUGGGUUGUCAGAAGCGAAUCGGUUACACAGCAAUGAUCGAAGUCUGUGAUUGCUUCUCUGCCUGUACAAUAGUUGAGUCAUCAAAUUUCUCUGUAAAACCCUCAACGAAUUUGAGCUUGGCUUCGAGCAAUGUAUUGAACGCGAUUUUAUCGGAUAUGGAUAAUGAGAUGACAUUCUCGGCGCUUGAAAAGUUGGAGGCUUUAACGGAAGAGGAAUGCAAUGUCUCUCUCAAUCCUGAAAUUAGCAAUAAAGUGGCUAUGGAGUUGUUGAAAAGUCUUGAUGAUACAAGUUCAAAUGAUGAGUACCGAGAAGUUCUGAGUGCGGUCACUCAAAUGCUUGGCAGUGUUGAUGAGUCGGUGUUGCAAUUGAUGUCAAGCACGAUGAUGCGAUAUCAAAUCCGUUUGAUGUCAGCUUCGGCGACAAAGCGAAAGAAACGGGACACUCUUUUGGGGAGUUUAACUGAAAAACCGGUCACAAAUAAUAAUGAUGAGGGAAUUUUCGUCCUCUGUGAUCGAUUGUUGAAAAACGGAGCGACAACAAUCCUUUUCUAUUUUCAAGCGAUUGAAAACGCGUUGAGUGAUGAUUGUAAACAAUUGGAUGACACAUCUGAAAGGAUUAUUGCUGAGAAGGGUGAAGGCUACACCUUUGUACAGGCUCAAUCAUUGUCCACCUCCGAUCCAACACUCGUUAAUCGAACUUAUACACUUGCUGGGGCUACAAAUAACAAAAUUAUUUCGUUUGAUGAAAUCUUUCGCUUAAAUUUUGAAAGUUGGAAUUGCGGAGAUGGAUCGACAUUAUGCGAUUACACUUGUCUAGCUUCUGCCUCAAUCUCAUCAACACUUUUUGGAAUAAACGUCAACUUUUCGGCCUAUUUCUUCAACAAUCAAUACUCAGCACUUACCGCCAACAAAUCGGCAUCGAAUCUUUAUCGGAUCUCGAUCAAAGAUCCAUUAUCGGGAAAUGAUGUUUUAUUUGCUGGAAUGUAUCGAAUUUUAGUUCCACUUACAGCUUAUAAAUCAGCAAACUACUACAAUUGCUUCAUCUUCUCAUUAACAUCAAACAUUUGGGAUUCGCGUGGUUGCAUUUCAGCUUUGUUUCCCACAACAAUCAAUGGCUCUAAUUUUCUAUCCUGUAACUGCACUCAAACGGGAAUCAUUGGGGUAUUCACCGUUAGUGCACCGACUCCACCAACCAUCUCAAUCCACAAUCAAAUCGAAAUCGAUUUUUCUUUAACGCCAAAUUCAACAAUCAUCGUUCAACAAGCGCAGCUUUUAAAUCGUUUGGCCACAGCUUCGGGAUUAGAUCGAUCGAGACUCGUUCAAUCAAAUAGCAACGCCGGAUUUUUCUCUUUCAUUUUACUACCACCAAUCAACACCGAUCAGUUAUCAAAUUCUUAUGCUGUGCAAGCAAUUUCGAGAGCGGUUGAUCCGCGAUCUGGCGUGAAACUGUUCGAUACGGGAGUGAAGCUGGUGGAUACGAGUUGGGCGCCGGUCAUUAGAAAUCUAUCGUAUGAUUCGUAUGCAAGAAAGGUGAUCGCAAAGAUUGAACGAUCUUAUGCUCAAGUCAUCGGCAAUAACACAAAUCUCGCCGCACUUUGGGCCACCACAAUCGCUCAAGCCAUGCAAAUCUCACAAUAUCGAAUCAAGAACCCGCAAAUCUAUCCAGGAAUUGUGUUCAACUUCACGAUCACUGUCCCAUUCGAUCAAGAGAUUGACCCGUUGUCAGCUGAAGAGAUCUCGGUGAUGUUGAUUGAGGCUACGAGUUACGGAGAGCUGACUUUACCCUCAUCAACGGGUGACUUUCUUCCAGUCGAUGCACUCACCGAAGCUGACAUUGUCAUUCUCAUGGUUCUUGAAUCUUCAAACGCUCUAGCUAUCGGCAUCGUUUCGGGAGUCUCGCUGACUGUUGGACUUGCCACCAUCUACAUUCUCGGUGCUGUUUAUGUGAAGCUGCGAACGGACAAAUUGAUUCAACUUGAAAGAGAACGAAUACUAAUGUCGAAUCCAGUGCCACCUCCUCCACAAUAUCCGAUUGCGGUCACCGAGCCAUUGCAUGUGCAAGGAAAUGGAACACAGAGACGCCGAACGCGAAGUGUCAUCACCAACCUCAUUAACAGA